CUUACAACCACAAACUUCUUUCUUUGUUGCUCUUUGUCCUUGUUGCUUCUUCACAUCUGGGCUGGAUGGGUUAAAUAAUCUGCAAGGUUUGGCCCCUCCCUGCUCCCUGAGCAACUUGGAUGUAACAGGAGCCGUGUGUUUUCCAUUCGGCUCCUGCAAUGGCUGCGUGCUUGUCGCGAAGAUCGCUGUCAGGGAAAUCCGUCUGGCUGUCGCCUUCGAGCCCCUCUUUAAAAAGCCAUGUGUGCAGCAGGAAGGUGGGCAGGGGCCCCUCUGCUCCCGGGGCCCUCUCUGCCCUGCAGGACAAACCUCGGACGGUGGAGGACCUCCCUCGCGUCAGCUUCUUGGAGAUGGUGUACAGGAUGGUGUUUCAGGGUUACCACAACCGUCUGCACGAGCUGCAGCUUUAUGAGAAGCAGCUGUAUGGACCCAUCUACCGAAGCGGACUCCAGUCGGUGUCGGUGAACUCCCCUCAGCUGCUGGAGGAACUCAUGAGGAAGGAUGAGAAGUUUCCCUCCAGAGGAGACAUGACUCUGUGGACCGAGUACCGCGAUAUGAGAGGAUUUGGCUACGGGCCCUUCACAGAGGAAGGGGAGCGCUGGUACAAACUGAGGGCGGUUCUCAACAAGCGGAUGCUCCAUCCCAGGGAUUCUGCUCAGUACUCAGGGGUGAUCAACGACGUGGUUUCAGACUUCGUAAAAAGGAUCAACCAUCUACGUGGAGCCAGCCCAACAGGGGAUCUCGUCACUGACAUUUCCAACAAGCUGUAUCUGUUUUCACUGGAAGGUAUUGCCUCCAUACUGUUUGAGACAAGGCUCGGCUGUCUGGAAGAGGAGAUCCCUGCUGGCACCCAAGAAUUCAUCCACUCCAUCGCUCAGAUGUUCUCCUACAGCAUGGCUGUGGUGAUGAGUCCCAAGUGGAGCCGCAGCCUGCUGCCGUUCUGGGGACGCUACAUCGCCGGCUGGGAAGGCAUCUUUGGCUUUGCUAAAACGUUAAUCGACAAGAAGAUGGAGGACAUCCAGCAGCGGGUGGACAACAACCAGGAUGUGGAGGGUGAAUAUCUAACGUACCUCCUGUCAAACACCCAGAUGAGCACUAAAGACGUCUACGGCAGCAUCGCCGAGCUUCUCUUAGCCGGAGUGGACACGACCUCCAACACCCUCACAUGGGCUUUGUACCAGCUGUCAAGGAACCCAGACAUCCAGGACAGACUUUAUGAAGAAGUUUCCACGCUGGUACCAGCGGACCGAAUCCCCUCCGCUGCAGAAGUCACUCGGAUGCCGUUUUUACGAGCUGUGAUCAAGGAAACUCUUAGGAUGUACCCCGUGGUUCCUAUGAAUGCAAGGAUUAUAUCAGAAAAACCCUUUUCUGUUGGUGGAUAUCAGUUUCCAAAGAAAACUGCGUUCACGUUCUGCCACUAUGCCAUCAGUCACGAUGAGAGCGUCUUUCCUGAGUCGUUCAGAUUCAAGCCGGAGAGGUGGCUCCGUGACGGCCGCCCGAGGCCAAACCCCUUUGGCUCCAUCCCGUUUGGCUACGGAGUUCGAGGCUGCGUUGGCCGCAGGAUUGCAGAACUUGAGAUGUAUUUAGUUCUGUUUCGGCUUAUUCAGCGGUUUGAAGUCAAACCAAACCCGACAACCGGGGAGCUGAAAAGCAUCAAUCGUACCGUUCUGGUUCCAGAUAAACAGCUGGACCUGCAUUUUGUGGACAGAGUAUGAAGAAACUGGCACUUGACGGACUCUUACGCACCGGGUCGACUGAGCUACAUGGACUCAUCUUUUCUUGUAUAACAGCUUCAUGGCAAGUGGAAGCAGUUCUGAGAAAAAUGCAAAAGCUGCAGAACAAAACUGUUUUUUUUCAUUUAGUAUUACAAAGCACCUGAGCAGAACCGUCACAUUUACUGGUUUUACUAUCAUCUGUUUCAUGUAACGCGCUUCUGUGGACGACCAAUCACGUAGGCUUUUAUAUGAUUUAUGAAUAAAAUGUUUUAUUAAUAAUAGUUUUAUUUAGCGGAAUGCUAAAUAAACAAUGUUUAAAAGC